AAUGAACGUGCUCGUACAAGGAAUUGGGAGCGAGGAAAAGUAGGCAGUAUUCCAGUAAAUGCCUUGCACUUGAUUUAACGCUCUUGGCAAUCUGUUCAUCUUUGGAUUUCCUGAUUAUUCAAGAUGGCAGCGCUUUUAGGACUGCGUGCUUGUGUCUCUGCUCUUCAUCUGACCUCACCAAGCCUGGUGCAAAACUCCUUUAAGCUAUGUGCUGUACCUCUGAGUCGGCGGACCUUCGCUGCCGAGGCGAAGAAGACUUAUAGCAGAGACAAACCCCACGUCAACGUCGGGACCAUUGGACACGUGGAUCAUGGCAAGACCACCCUAACUGCAGCUAUCACAAAGGUACUUUCUGAUGCCGGCGGUGCCAAUUUUAAAAAGUAUGAGGACAUUGACAACGCCCCCGAGGAGAAGGCUCGAGGAAUCACCAUCAAUGCCUCUCAUGUUGAAUAUACAACAGCCAACAGACAUUACGCUCAUACAGACUGCCCUGGUCAUGCUGAUUACGUCAAGAACAUGAUCACCGGCACUGCUCAGAUGGACGGUUGCAUCCUAGUGGUGGCGGCCACUGACGGCCAAAUGCCGCAAACGCGGGAGCACCUGCUGCUGGCCAGGCAGAUCGGCGUCGAGCACGUGGUGGUAUUCAUCAACAAGGCGGACGCGGUGGAGGACAAGGAGAUGCUGGAGCUGGUGGAGAUCGAGAUUCGCGAGCUUCUCACCGAGUUCGGCUACGACGGCGACAACACGCCUGUGGUGAUAGGCUCCGCCCUCUGUGCUCUGGAGGGUCGGGAGCCGGAGCUUGGCAUCAAUGCAAUCAUGAAACUGCUGGAGAUUGUGGAUUCGUAUGUUCCGUUGCCCAAAAGAGAAUUGGAAAAGCCGUUCCUUCUGCCCAUCGAAGGAGUUUAUUCAAUCCCAGGCAGGGGCACAGUGGUGACCGGCACCAUGGAGAGGGGCAUCAUAAAGAAAGGGGAUGACUGUGAGUUUGUGGGUCACAAUCGCAGCGUCAAAUCUGUGGUUACAGGUAUCGAGAUGUUCCAUAAGUCUCUGGAUCGGGCCGAAGCUGGAGACAACCUCGGUGCUCUGGUCCGAGGCCUGAAGAGGGAGGAUGUGAGGAGAGGGAUCGUGAUGUGUAAGCCGGGAUCCAUCAAGCCUCACCAGAAAGUCAAGGCUCAGGUGUACAUUCUGAGCAAAGAGGAGGGAGGACGACACAAGUCCUUUGUCAGCAACUUCAUGCCCGUCAUGUUCUCCCUAACGUGGGACAUGGCCUGCAGAGUCUCUCUGCCCUCUGAUAAGGAAAUGGUGAUGCCGGGGGAGGACACCUCCUUGACCCUCACGCUCCGACAACCAAUGGUCCUGGAGAAAGGUCAGAGGUUCACUCUCCGAGACGGCAACAAAACAAUCGGCACUGGCCUGGUGACAGACAUCCUGACAAUGACAGACGAAGAUCAAUGGGUCUCAUAAAAAGGUUCAUGGGGCACCAGGGUUGAGGGCAAAGAUUUAAGGGUGGGUGGUUGUCUAUAUGAAAUAAUGUAAUUCUUAAAAAAAAAAAGCAAAUACACAGAUUUCAUCACACACAGCAUCAUCCAAUAUGUUGCGAUAUCACAUUCAACCAAAAUAUUUGUAAAGUUGAGUUACUGUGGUUGUGGUAAUGCCCCGGACUGCUUCAUGUCAUUUAUGUAAUAAAAUGUAUUUAAUACCAA